AUGGGCAAAGUGUGGCUUAUUACAGGUGCCUCUCGAGGUCUCGGGAAGGCUCUCGUCGAGUAUGCCUUGUCUAAGGGUGACUUGGUUGUUGCGACUGCACGGAACAAGAACUCGUUGGCUUACGCCCGCAAAGCCGGCGGAGACAACGUCCUUGCUGAAAGCCUCGACGUCACGAACUACGACCAAACCAUGGAUGUAGCCAAAGCUGCACAUCAGAGAUUCGGGCGCAUCGAUAUCCUUGUCAACAACGCAGGCUAUGCCGAUACCGUUUCGGUUGAAGAUACCUCGAUCGAGGAUUUCCGCAAACAAGUCGACACCAACCUCAUGGGCGUGGUUAAUAUGACGAAAGCCGUCCUCCCUAUUAUGCGUGAACAUGGAUCCGGCUACAUUGUCCAGAUCUCCUCUAUUGGGGCCCGCCUUGGCAGCCCGGGUCUGUCGGCGUACCAAUGCGCCAAAUGGGCGGUGUCCGGCUUCUCGAUGUGCCUCCAGGCAGAGGUCAAACCAUUAGGCAUCAGAGUAACGUCCCUGGAGCCCGGUGGGAUCCGGACUGACUGGGCCGGUUCCUCCAUGAACAUCCCCACACCCAGCGAGCCGUACCAGCAGACCGUGGGAGUCUUUGCCAAAUACUUGAGGGACCACUUCGGAAAGGCAAAGUCGCUGCCCGAGAAGUUUGGUCCCAUCAUCGACAAACUCUACGAACUACCAGAGCCGCCUGUUCGCAUGCCCGUCGGCCCCGACGCCGUUGGAUUCGCUCCCCAGCUUCUAGAAGCUCAAAUAAAAUCUGACGAACAGUGGGCGGAGCUCGGCAAGUCUUCGGCCGCCUAA